AAUAAAAUGUCGCCAGCGACUCGACUCAACACAUCACACUUUUGUUUUGAAUUUGAAUGUGAAAACGUCAGUGCGGCAUUCUGUGCUCUUUCCACGAUUUAAUAUUUACAUACCAUCCAGAACCUGUCAACAUGAACAGCGAAUUAUUCAUUUUGAUCAAAAAGCAUUGUCAAAACAUUAUCGAUGUCGUAUGUAGACUUGAAAAUUCUAACAACGGGCGAAGCGUUGAUCGAUCAACUGUUUUGGAAGAGUUAUCAAGUUGUGUCACGGCAUUCAAUAGCUUGGGUGAAAAACUUCAGCUUGCAAUCGAUCAACUGGGUGAAACCGAAUCGAAUGAGCACCAAACAGAGGAUGAAAUAUUGAUUAUAAACGAAGAAGAAAAUUGGGAAUGGUCCUCAGAUGGUGAAUUCAAUCCGGAUGAUUAUGAAAAGCUAUGUGAGCUAAUCUGCACCACGUUCGAUGAUACCAUGACAUUGGAGAAUUUACUGAAAUAUUCACAUGACAAACGCACGAACACCAGUGGUGAACAUAUCGAGAGUGAUUUUGAUAAUGACCAAGCGACUCUUGAUAGUCCACCUAGCUCCAACAUGAACAAAAAUAUUGAGGUUCCAGAUAAGAAAGACUCAUCAUCGAACAACAUUGAAACCAAUAGCAUUGAUUUGAAAUCAGACACAGUCGUGUCUACGGUACGUGAAACCAUGAAUGGAUCACUCACAUUUCAAGUGGAUGAAACUGUAAUGGCAGCUGAUGAGGCAUCGGAUUCAGGAGAAGCAGCAUGUACCGAGCCGAAACGGAAGCGAAAAUGGGAAACCAUUUCAGAUAUUGACUUCGAACGUGGAAGGGUUCUUUCGAAACAAAGUCGUCAAACAAAUGAACACGUUAAUGUUCUAUCGGCUGUAACUAUCCUGAACGAAGAAAAAAUAUCGAAUGAUGGAGCAAACGACAACGAAGAUGACCAGUCAAGUGACAACUCUGAACCUGUAACCUCCACACAAUUCGGAAUCGAAGAUAACGUUGAAUAUGAAAAUGUGGAAUUUCUUGAAGACGAUACCGUUGUGAUCACUUCUGAAAGUGACGGCGAUACCGACUUGUCGGAUCUAUGCAUAAGCAACACGAACCGCGAAAUACAUUGCAAAAAUUCAUUUUAUAAUAUGGUCUGUUUGUUGUGUGGUAAGAAUGAUCCAUUCAUAUCGAAGCAUUACAUGGAAGAUCAUCCAGAUUGUGAGGUACUCGUGGCACGAACAUCGCCGCAGAUGGCUGAAAGAUUGCGAUUACAAAAUGACAGAUUCGAAGUGUCCAAAAAAGGGAAAAUAACUGGAAUCUGCUUUUUCUGUGAAGAAACAAAGACCAUGCAAAGAUCAUGCUGGGAGGAACAUAUUCUCAUGCACACCGGCGAGAAACCGUUCGCUUGUGUAAGCUGUAAUACGAGUUUUGUAAUGGCUCAUCAUCGCGAUGACAAGAUUUGCAACAGUGAAGCAGUCAAUAUUUUCCUGGCCAAUUCUACGGAUCGCUCGUUGGUUGGAUUUUGUUGCAAAGAAUGCAACUACCUACAGAUUGAACCCAAGCGUAUGAUCGUCCAUUUGGCAAAUGAGCAUGGAUUCGAGUGUCCCACGGAAAACUAUCACUAUGAAAAACUCACUUUGGUGCCCGCUGGCCAGCGAAACACUACACAAUCGGCAUCCAUCGAUUCGUCAUCGAUUUCGACGCAGGCAGCAACUAGUUCCAAUCUACCAAAUGGCAAAUCGGUUACAUUCAUACUACCAAAUGGGGAAGAUGAUGAGGAUGAAACGCAACACUGUCGUAAUACCAAUCCGGAUGUGCAUUACAAAAAUCAAUCAACAUGUGUGUUAUGCGGCGUAGAAGAUCCUUCUUUAGCUUACCAUUACACGACAUGCCAUCCAAAGUAUGAAGUCUACGUUGCUCGACCAUCGCCUCAAAUGGCUGAUAAACUACGAUCGCAAGUCGAACAGUUCGCUAUCAAUGAAAAUGGCAAAAUGGUGGGCCUCUGCUAUUUUUGCGGUGACACCAAAACUAUGGACCGAUUUGGUUGGAGAGCGCACAUUUUGAAGCAUACCGGAGAGAAGAUUUUCUCUUGUGAGCGUUGCGCCAUGGAAGUAAAUUAUAGGAAACAGCACGAUAGCAAGAUAGUCAAUAAGAACAAGUGCGACGGUGAAUUGAUUGACAUUUGCGAGGCCAAUUCAUCAGACGGUUCAUAUGUGGGAUUCAUUUGCAUUGAAUGCAACUAUGUGCAGAUGAGAUUCGAUCGAAUAAUCAAGCAUUUGACAAAUCAGCAUGACUACGAUUCACCAGUUGAAGAUCAACACUAUCAAAAGUGCACGUUGUUACCCAGCACUCGCGCAGAAAAAUCAGGCCGCUGAAUGACAACCCCUCCUAAUGGGUAAUCCGCUAAUGAUUAUUGUCAAUAAUAUACUUAUUUCUUCCUAUAAUUGAUAUUUAGAAUUUGUAAUAAAAAAAAAACAUAUUAUUUUUUCAUGAAAAACACUGAAAUCAUUUCAUUUCAUUUUAUUUUAGUUUUUUUUUUAAUUUCUGUUUGAUAAUUGCAAACGACGUUUGCCAUUUUGAAUUUUAUUUGAUAAAAAACACAAGGAAACACCUUAAGAGCUUACACGUGAAUAUGAUCUUAAAAUGUUCGUUAAACUUCUUUGUUGCUGUUUAAAUUCUACAUCGCUAGCGCUGAUAAGGUAUAUAGCUUAAUACAUAAAUGAGUUUGUAUAUUGCCAUUCUGGUUACUUAGUUGCUAGACAAAUAACUAGUAUUAUUUGUGCGUUUGAUUUUCCAGAUGAUUUAGAUCCUGUGUGUAAUGAGUUCGAUUGCUUUACAGCAGAUAACUUUUAACUAAACAAAUUUUGGAUUAGACAAAUCGUUCAUUUCAUGAGAUAUGAUUCGAAUGUAUUGAAUCGAAAGAUUCAAUGAAACUUACUUUUUUUUUGAAGCACACAUAAACGCAUUCUAAUAAUGCAAUGUUCUUUUCAAAGUGCGAACAUAUGUUGCUCGCAUUCUAGUAAAUAUGAUCCACUAAAAUUGUUCUAGAAAAUAUAUGAAUUACAUCGUAAUCUUAUCGAAUUAUAUAAUUUUGUUUAUUGUGUGUGUCUAUGUUGAAUAAUGGGUCUAAUUUUGCAAAAUAUGAAACUAUUAUGUAGAAUUAAAUGGGCAAAGCGCAACAGGAACAAAAAUAGUACAAAUCUAAUUAUAAAAGCUAACAAAUUCCAUUAAAAACAAAGUGAUCCAAUUUUUCAAAAAAAAAAA